AUGGAAAAUUACCCGGAUAUGGUACAUUCAUUCUUUGAGCUUUUGACAAAGUAUCUUACAAAAUGCCCUAUUGCAUUAUAUACGUUACCAUCAGAAAUAUUUGACAAUAUUUUAAAAUUCUCUGUGGCUGGUUUAGGAUUACAAGAAAGACUUGCUUUAAGAUCUGCAGUCGCUUUUAUGGGAGAAUUUAUAGGACAACAUUACAAAGAUGAUAGAAUUACAAAUAUGGUAGAAAAUAUAAUUAGAACUUAUGGUUUAGAAAUUACGAGAGAAUUGUUAUUUGGAAUUGGUGGGAAUUUACCAAGAUCAUUAAUUCCACAAUUAUCAACUGAAAACUUUCCAUCUAAAAAUGUUAAUCAAGUUACUAAACAAAAUUUUGCUAAAGCAAUUUUAGG